GAUAAAAUUCUGUUGUUGUUAUCUCAGGUCAAAUUGUCCAGUCAUUGUGCUGGCGGAUCGGGUUGUAGCUAAAGUUAUUCUGCAGCUGUAAAAUGAAGGUUUUGUACCUGUGUCUUUUCGCGGCACUUGCUUUGGCAUCUGAUGCACUCGUCCGAAUUCCGUUGAGGAAGUUCCGUUCCAUCAGGCGUACCCUGACUGACUCGGGGAGGGCAGCAGAAGAGCUGUUGGCCGGGAAGGAACACACUAAGUACAGUAACCUGGGCUUCCCCUCCUCCAGCAAUGGACCCACUCCAGAAACCCUGAAGAACUUUAUGGAUGCUCAGUACUACGGUGAGAUCGGCCUGGGGACUCCCGUCCAGACAUUCACUGUGGUGUUUGAUACAGGCUCCUCCAACUUGUGGGUCCCUUCUAUCCACUGCUCCUUCACAGACAUCGCCUGCUUGCUUCACCACAAGUAUAACGGUGCCAAGUCCAGCACGUAUGUAAAGAAUGGAACGGCCUUCGCCAUCCAGUAUGGGUCUGGCAGUCUGUCUGGGUACCUCAGCCAAGACACAUGCACGAUUGGAGGCCUGUCCAUAGAGGAACAGGGGUUCGGUGAGGCCAUCAAGCAGCCUGGUAUAGCCUUCAUCGCUGCUAAGUUUGAUGGCAUCCUGGGCAUGGCCUACCCCCGUAUCUCUGUGGACGGGGUCGCUCCACCGUUCGACAACAUCAUGAGCCAGAAGAAAGUAGAGCAGAACGUCUUCUCCUUCUACCUCAACAGGAACCCAGACUCUGAGCCCGGCGGUGAGCUCCUACUGGGAGGAACUGACCCCAAGUACUACAGUGGAGACUUCCAAUACCUCAACGUCAGCCGCCAGGCCUACUGGCAGAUCCACAUGGACGGGAUGGCUGUGGGGAGCCAGCUGAGUCUGUGUAAGGGAGGCUGUGAGGCCAUCGUGGACACCGGCACGUCCCUCAUCACCGGCCCCGUGGCCGAGGUCAAGGUCCUGCAGAAGGCCAUCGGAGCAACCCCACUCAUCCAGGGAGAGUACAUGGUGAACUGUGAUAAGAUUCCCACCAUGCCUGUCAUCACAUUCAACCUGGGAGGACAGUCCUACAGUCUGACUGCAGAGCAGUACGUCCUCAAGGAGAGCCAGGCUGGUAAGACCAUCUGCCUGAGUGGCUUCAUGGGCCUGGACAUCCCCGCCCCCGCCGGGCCGCUGUGGAUCCUGGGAGAUGUAUUCAUUGGCCAAUACUACACUGUGUUUGACCGUGACAACAACAGGGUGGGCUUCGCUAAGUCCAAGUAGAACUACAACCAUGGCUACGUCCUCAUUCUCCACUAUCCAUCAUCUACCCUUCUCCUGAAGUCCAAGUAGAACUACAACCAUGGCUACGUCCUCAUUCUCCACUAUCCAUCAUCUACCCUUCUCCUGAAGUCCAAGUAGAACUACAACCAUGGCUACGUCCUCAUUCUCCACUAUCCAUCAUCUACCCUUCUCCUGAAGUCCAAGUAGAACUACAACCAUGGCUACGUCCUCAUUCUCCACUAUCCAUCAUCUACCCUUCUCCUGAAGUCCAAGUAGAACUACAACCAUGGCUACGUCCUCAUUCUCCACUAUCCAUCAUCUACCCUUCUCCUGAAGUGUACACUUGUUCUGCACACUACUUGUCAUGGAUUUGGAGAAUUGGGAAGCAGUCAAUGUUUUGCGGUACGUUUUAAAGUGGAUGAAGAUUUUAGACAGGCAAAAUCAAAGUGUGGGGGAAAGACACUACUUGUAACUUGCACAAGCUUUCCGUUGCUUUAAUGAAAUCUUUUAAACUAGCAAUUAGAUUUGUGUCGAGUUCAAAUGCACUGAUCUAAACAAGCAUUAAUUAGAGUUAUUUGCUGUGAAAGUGAAGCAGAAAACAUGGUGUUGGAGGUACAGGAUCGGGAGUCAAAGAUGACUAUCAGAACAGACCGUUUGAGUGUUACCAUCUCUGAGUGAUCUGCUGUACGUGUUAAAUCAGGGACUUGUUUUUUUUAAAGCAACCGAACAAUGUAACAUUUUAAUUUGCGUUUUGUAGGCAAUGGACCUAUUGUCAAUUACUUUUAAGAUGUAUCUUCAAAUGAUUGGAUUCAAUAAAAUGAUUGUAAAAAGUGAA